AUGGUUCAUGGUCCUUGUGGUUUGGCAAAUCAAAAGUCACCUUGUAUGAAAGAUGGGAGAUGCACAAAGUUUUACCCUAAGAAAUUCCAAAGUACAACUAUAGUGGACCAAGAAGGCUACCCGGUUUAUAGGAGAAGAAACAACGGACACACCAUUCAAAAGAACGACAUCAUCUUUCAUAGUGGUCAUGUUGUUCCUCACAAUCCAAGUUUGUUAUUGAAGUACGAAGCCCACAUCAACAUGGAAUGGUGCAAUCAAAAUACUUCUAUCAAAUACCUUUUCAAAUAUAUUAAUAAAGGCUCCGAUAGAAUUUCAGCAAUCAUACAAGGCCAAGACAAAAACAACGUUGAUGAGAUCAAACAAUAUUUGGAUUGUCGAUACAUCUCCCCAAGUGAAGCAUGUUGGCGGAUAUUUUCUUAUUCUAUACAUGGCAGAAAACCAGCCGUAGAAAGAUUGUUUUUUCACAUGGAAGGUGAAAACUCUAUGUACUACAAAGACUACGAGCAGGUUGGUGAUGUGUUGCUCAAACCAAGUGUAACGGAGUCCAUGUUUACGGCUUGGUUUGAGGCUAACAAGACUUAUGAGGAAGCAAGAUUGCUAACUUAUGGUGACUUUGUUUCUAAAUUUGUCUAUCAUAAACGAAGUCGAAGUUGGAAACCAAGGAAGCGAGGGUAUACCAUUGGUCGUCUAAUUUGGGUUCCGCAAUCCACUGGUGAGUUGUUUUAUUUAAGAAUGAUGCUUACCGUCAAGAAAGGUCCGUUAUGCUAUCAAGACAUCAAAACGGUUGAUGGUAAGAAGUGCAAAACUUUUAGAGAUGCAUGCUUUGCGAUGGGAUUUUUACAAGAUGAUCGUGAAUUUGUCGAGGCAAUCAAAGAGGCGCAUCUUUGGGGUUUGGGUCCUUUUUACGCAAACUAUUUGUGA